CCAGCAGCACCCUUAGAGACACUUACUCAACUCGCGAUAUAUGGUAGUCCUAGGGGUAAACUUACACUGCAAGAGAUAUACUCAGCAAUCGAGGAAAGGUUUGAGUACUAUAGGACAACCGAUCGUAGAUGGAAGGCGUCUAUCCGUCAUAUGCUUUCUCUAAAAUCCAUAUUUGUCUCUACUGAGCGACCACCGACUGCCCCUGGACGGGGAAAUUAUUGGCAACUCGAC